UUUCCUUCACGUAUCUCUGGGUAAAGCCACGACCGAAACCUCACGUAUCACGCUCGUCUCCUCACCGACACAGGGUGACAGCGUGACGUAGCACGGGCUUAUUCUAGAGUAAUCGUUAUGUUCUUGCUAACACUAAGCGAGCUAAAGGGAAAAAAGGGGGUGAAAUAAGCAACAGGCAGCAGAGCUACAUGUCGAUAUAACUCCCAUAACAGUCCUAAAAUAAACACUAACUUACAACUAAAGACUAAAUUCACUCCGAGAAAAACACACAUGAGCUAGCCAAGUCAAUAAGCCGCUAUCUAGUCGGCUUACCUGCUGUGGCUGAAAUGACGAAGACAGCGAAAACAUUUUUGCCAAUGGAUGCUACAAAAACGGACGUUGGAGGGCUGGUUUGUAAGGACAGACCCUCUAUAUAACCCAAAUGAAUGCGUCCUCCCGAAAGGGGCGUCCUUUUGGUUUUCCUUGUUACACAACUUUCAACAGUUACACAACUUUUUUUUUCAGCUAAUAACGCCAAAUGGAUCCCCCGGCAUCUGAGGUCAAACGGACUACAAAAUGACGUAAAGAAGAACUACUACCGGUUAAAUAAUGGAUGCAGAGGAAGAGCACCGCUCGUGUGCCGGCGUGAAAUCUGUAGAUCAUCACCCUAAACCGCCGUCUAUCAACGAUUUCGUCGUGCUGAAGCCCAUCAGCCGCGGGGCUUUUGGCAAGGUCUACCUUGCACGGAAGAACUGCAACGCACGCUUAUAUGCCAUUAAGGUGAUGAAGAAAGCCGAUAUGGUGGAUAAAAACAUGACAAACCAGCUGAAGGCAGAGCGAGAUGCCCUCGCUUUGAGCAAAAGUCCCUUCGUGGUUCACCUGUUUUACUCCCUUCAGACAGCCACCAAGAUCUAUCUGGUAAUGGAAUACCUCAUUGGUGGAGAUGUCAAAUCUCUCCUUCAUAUCUAUGGCUAUUUUGACCAGGAUAUGGCUGUAAAAUACAUCUCAGAGGUCGCACUGGCUUUAGACUAUCUCCAUCGUCAUGGUAUAAUUCACAGAGAUCUGAAGCCAGACAACAUGCUCAUAUCCAACGAAGGCCACAUUAAACUAACAGAUUUUGGCCUUUCUAAAGUCAAGCUGGACAGAGAGCUGAGUCUUAUGGAUAUCCUCACUACGCCAUCUUUGGCUAAACCCAAGAAGGAUUAUUCCCGCACGCCAGGCCAAGUCCUCUCUUUAAUCAGCUCCCUUGGAUUUAAUACACCAGCAGCAGAAGGCAAGCGUCACUGCAGCGCUACUGUGGUGUCCAGUCCCAUGUCGUGCGGCAAAAUAAAACCAAGGAAUAAAUCUCUUGAUUCUCCUGUAAUGAAGAAAAUAGAUCGCCUGUCUUCACCUGCUCGCUACCCUUGGAAACUGAGACCGAAGAGCAACGUGUUUAGUCCUCAUAAUUUGACAAAAAAUCUGACUCCCACAUUGAUGAAGACCAGGAGCAGGUUUCAGACGAUGAGUGCAGGCAGCACUACUGACACUGACGGUGGCACCAGUCCACUGUGGGAGUGUGAGGAGAAAGAGAAUGAACACAUGAAUGACCAGAACGGGAGAGGGCGAUCUGAGUUGAAGGUGCCCAAAGAGGACAGUCCGCCCACAAAACGGGACACUUUUUGCUUUUCUGAUAAGGCCUCUUGCAGUCAAUCAAAAAAGUCAAAUGAAGCUCAUCUUGUAGAAAAUAAAUGCCAUACGAACAACCAGGAGUCUGUCUCCACAGCUCAGGAGAAUGUUUGUCAAUUAGCAGUUCCCUCAUCUGUGAAGAGAACAUUUUCAGAUUUACAAAGAAGUCCAGAGACACCAGAGAUCCGAGCCAAAAAGAGAAACACAGACUACAAGAGGUUCUAUGAGAUUCCUGUGGAGACUGAGAGGUUUCACACUGGCUUGACUGGAACAUUUUCCACCAUCAAAAUAGGCGACUUCAUGGUCUCCACUGAGGGGAUCGGGGCAACUGAAGAGCGGGUGCCGAAGCGCUCCAGUCCCGUUGCUGUAGCCAAAAGUCUGUUUUAUGAACUGGAAGAGCCGGUGGAGGAUGUAUUUGAAGGUGGAGCCAAAGACCUGUCACAUACGAGUUUCACGUCACCACUUCCUGGGACAAGUGACAUUUGUAGGAACCUGAGCAUGGACUCUGACGGGUCUAUGCACGAAAUGUCUUUCACUAUAGACAGCCAUCCAUCCCUCCAGCCAACUGAGCCUGUCAAACACAGGAAUUCAUUAUCACCAGAGGAGGACAAAGAAAGUAAAGACUCCUUCUAUACUGCAUCACUACCAAAAACUCCUGUGGCCACUGUUGAAACACCUAAACUUGGUCAUUUUCUGGAGAGAGAUGAAUCUCGCUGUUUCUUUGCGAACCGACUUCCCGAGCUCGCUUGCAGUGAUGCGGAGUCCCCUUUAUUCCUCAAGCCGCGAAAUGUCGUAGCCUUCCGUAGUUAUUGUAGCUCCAUUAAUCGGUCCAACGUGUCCGGGGUGUCCCGACUUAGCAUGGGAUCUGUGGAAGCUAUGGACGUGUCCACAACGGCUUCUUGUAACGUCGCAUCUGGAGCUGCAACACCAGUGCAGAAGAGACCCAGCUCCAGUGGUUCUCUCUAUCAGACUCCUCAGCCCAUGUCGACCUCUCAUACCCCUUACAGGACUCCAAAGAGUGUCCGAAGGGGAGCACUGCCUGUUGAGGGAGUACCAAUUUUAGGAACCCCUGACUAUUUGGCUCCAGAGCUUCUUCUGGGAAAACCACAUGUUUCAGGAAGUGGUCAGUGUGACUUCAUGGUGGAUUGGUGGGCGCUUGGUGUGUGUCUUUUCGAGUUCCUCACAGGUGUGCCGCCAUUCAAUGACGAGACGCCCCAGCUGGUCUUCCAGAAUAUUCUGAACAGGGAUAUACCCUGGCCUGAGGGGGAGGAGGAGUUAUCUGUAGACUCCAGGAAUGCCAUUGAAAUCCUGCUGACCAUGGACAUGACAAAGCGCGCUGGCUUAAAAGAACUGAAGUGCCACCCCCUGUUUCACGGCCUGGACUGGGACAACCUGCAGAACCAGCCGAUGCCUUUCAUACCUCAACCAGACGACGAAACCGACACCUCUUACUUUGAUGCGAGAAACAAUGCUCAGCACAUUGCCGUGUCCGGCUUCAGUCUAUAGAAGUUGUUCUCUCGCUCGAAUGUAUGAUGUGAGAGUGAUUUUUUUUUAAACACUUCAGACCAUUACCGUGGAUUUCUGCAAGUAAAUGCGAGGUGAAGAUGUGGAUUAGGGUGGCUUUUCCGUUCAUUGUUGUAAUAUUGUUUUUAAAGAAAACAUUUUACAUUUGUGCAAUCAAAAAGGGCCACUUAGCUACAAGAAAUAUCUUUUUAAUGUUAGCACUACUGCGUUGCAUUACUCUACUAGCAAGGCACCCCUUUAUCUGCUGCUUGAUUUUGUUGUGAUGAGGAUGUUAAAGUUAAUAUGCUCCAUUUUCUGCUGUACUGGUACAAAUGUCAUGUUUCAGUGUUGAAGAAAAACAUAUUCAUAAAUAAUGUCUUAUAUACUGUAUGUCAAUUUAGUGUAGCGUUGUUUCAAGACAAGACUGUUACUUUAUCCCAGCAGGACUUAUUUUACGUAAUGUUUCUAAUUUUGAUUGUUGUAUCCGCUCAGUUUUCCACACUACUGGUUAAUUCUUGCUACAUGCACAAUUUUAUCUUAACUCUGAGUAAAAAAGAAAAAAGAAAUAAAACCUGUUUGUAACAAGA